AUGGCUUCUUCUUCGACUUCAACCCCUAUCCCUCCCAAGAAAUAUGAUGUCUUCCUUAGUUUCAGAGGAGAAGACACUCGUUGUGGUUUUACCAGCCACCUCUAUCAUGCUUUGAAUCAGAAUAAAAAAAUCCCAACGUUCAUAGAUAAUGAUCUUGUGAGAGGAGAUGAAAUUUCAUCAUCACUUUCAAAAACAAUUAAAGAGUCCAAGCUUUCUGUGAUUAUUUUUUCUGAAAAUUAUGCAUCUUCAAAAUGGUGCUUAGAGGAGCUUGUACAGAUGCUUGAAUGCAGAAACGAUAACGGACAGAGAGUUGUUCCGGUUUUCUACUCAGUAGAUCCAUCUCAUGUUAGAAAUCAAACAGGACGCUUUGGAGAUGCAUUUGCUAGACUAAUAAAGGAGAAAGCUUUGGCCAUGGACAAAGUGCAGAGCUUCAGAAGUGCUUUAAAGGAUGCGGCCAGUCUAUCAGGGUGGGGAUUAACGAAGUCUGAAGGAUGGGAGCGACACCGUGCUACAAGAGUAUUAGAAGGCUGUUAUCCGUCUGCACUAUACGAUAUAAGCACCCUCACCGAUAAGUGCCUCAUAACAGCUUCUUCCAGCAACCUAGGAAUGCAUGAUUUACUACAAGAAAUGGCAUUGAGCAUUGUUCGUGCAGAAUCUAAGAACCCUGGCAAACGUAGCAGGUUGUGUGAUCCUGAUGAUGUUGUUCAUGUACUGAAGAAAAAGAAGGGAAGUGACCGAAUUGAAGGCAUAUCUUUUGACACAUCCAAAUUAUCAAGAGAGAUGCACUUGGAAUCUGAUGCUUUUGCUAAGAUGGAUCGUCUUAGAUUUCUUGAAUUCUAUGGUGGCUAUCCCUUCACUAGAUUGCACCUUCCUUCUAGUGGUCUCAAAUAUCUUUCUGAUGAGCUGAGAUAUCUACGUUGGGAUGGAUUCCCUUCGAAAUCUUUGCCACAAAAUUUUUGUGCUGAAAACCUCGUUGAGCUUGAUUUUUCUUGGAGUAAGGUUGAAAAACUUUGGAGAGGAGAACAGUUUCCAGAGGGUUUAAGGGAUAUAGAAUAUUUAGAUCUAAGUGGGACAGCUAUAGAAGAGGUGCCCUCCUCAAUCCAGUUUCUCACCAGACUUGAAGUAUUGUUUAUGAAAGGAACGCCUAUUAGAGAGCUACCAGAGCUUCCCCCUUCACUAACGUUGCUAAGAGCAGGUGACUGUGCAUCACUAGAAACCAUAUCAACUGUGAAUUUAAGGAGUGGCUGGAUUCGUUUGGAUUUUUCAAAUUGCUUCAAAUUGGAUCAGAAAGCACUGCUAGCAGAUAUGCAUUUGAAAUUUCAGUCUCCAGAGAAGCGAAAUAUUGAAAUGAUUUUACCGGGGAAUGAAAUUCCAGAAUGGUUUAGAGAUCAAGGAGUGGGGUCUUCCGUAACCGUACGGUUUCCCUCAAACUGUCAACAGCUCAGGGGAAUUGCUUUCUGCUUCGCCUUUCUAAUUCCCGCAGAUGAUUUGAUUUGCAAUUUCAUCAAAGGUAAUGUUUCCAUAAAAUUUGGUUGCCUUGUCAAAACGAAAAACGGUGAGCAUGAGGUCCUCGGUGACGUGCAGACAUGUGGAAAUUUCACAACUUCAUAUUACUCAGAUCACAGGGCCUUAAAGUACGACGACAUAGUAUCUCUAUUCACUAACUAUUUUGGCAUUGGAGAUCAAUUCAGUAACUAUUCUGGCAAUGAGAAUGAACUCAGUAAAUAUUCUGGCAAAGAAGUUACAUUUGAAUUCUACCCAACAGUGAAAUUUUUCGAUCCAAUGAGGACGGAGAAGCUUUGCAAGGUGAAAAGUUGCGGGAGACACCGUGCGUGGCAUUCUAAUGAGAGCUGGUCUAAUAACUCCACCACCGAUGGUUGUGAUGGGACAGAAAAGGGGCCAUCUGGUGACCACUCAAGCCCAGAGAAUUUGAACACCCUGCAAAAGUUGCCAUUGUUACAGUUUUAUAUUUCUGCUCUGUUUUGUACCUAUAAGCUUGAUCCAGCACUGAAUGGAUUGAAAGCUAAAUUCCCUUUUUCAGAUUUGGCAGAUCAUGAGCUCAUCUUGGUGUACAGUUUAUACUUAAGAGUCUUGUAUGGUCUAUCAUACACAAGCAUGGAUGGGAUGAUAGGUUGUACAUCUUUAAUGCCAUUUUCCCUUGCCUAUUCUGAACUUGCAUUUUCCAUUUCUCAUGUUUCUGCAAAGAUAACUGUUAAAACGGCUAAAUGGAUGCCGUUGAAUGUUGGACUUUAA